AUGAGUCUAAUAAGUCCACUGAGUAGAGUGGUAAGAGCGCGAAUUGUGUCGAUUAUGUCCUUUUUUAGCUCGACGAUAUUUCCACUGUUAACUCAAACGGACUUUGAAAAUGUCAUGCAAGUGUACCAGAGCUUUUUGGAGUUACUUAAGAACUACGGACUUAAGAAACAAGCAUUACAAUUAAAAUAUAAAGAAAAAGAAAUCGUCACGUUUUCACAAAGCGUCAGUUUUGAGAUCGAUUUGAUGCCUUUGGAAUAUUUGAUCUCAGACUGCCCAAUCGACUUUUUAACUCUACCGCCUGUCAUAUUUGCUAAACAAGUCACGCUGCUCCAGUCCGAAGUAUUUAAAUCAGUCAACGUGUUUGAACUGUUUUUGUGGAAUCAGAAGAACUCAAAGAGUCAAUGCAGUAACUUGGCGCUUUGCGUCACGUUUUUCAAUGAACUUCAAAACUACUUUGCGACACUCAUUCUGAAGACGAGAAGUGUCCAAACAAGAGCAAAACACAUCAAACACAUCAUUUUAAUCGCUAACGAAUUUUUGCAACUACAGAACUUUGACGGACUGAUAUGUAUCUUGACAUUACUUUCAAGUUCGGCCAUUUCAAGACUUUCAAAAUCGUUUGAAAUGGUCGACCAAAAGACGAAAAUUAUUUUCACGUCACUCCAACAAUUUGCAUCACCAGAAAACAACUGGGAGUUUUAUAGAGUAACCCUCGAUAGGGCUUCCCAUUCCCCAUGUACUCCAUAUAUUGGACUCUUUCUAAGUGAUUUACUCUUUACAGAAGGAGGCUUUGUGACACAGUUUGAGGACCAAAAGAUCAAUUUUGUGAAGUGUCAAAAGAUGAGUGAAGUUGCCGAGAAGGUGAUGGUUUUGAAGCAGCGGAAUUAUCAGUUCCAAAAGAUUGAAAAGGUUGAGGUAUUCAUUCGAAGAUGUUUAAAACAAGAGACGAUACCCGAACAACAACGUUUUGAAAUUUCUAAAACACUGGAACAGCCGAAAGGAAGAGAAAAGUUCUUUGUGGCGAAUGCAGAUGACGACUCUAAAGACAAAACUGUAUUAGAAAUUGUAAAAGAAGGAACUACAGUGAAAUACGUGAUGAAUCAAGAAAUGACACUUCACGAUUUUUAUAUGGAGGCGAUGCACACGACAGAAGACAAUAUAUCGAAUGAAGUCUUUGGGUCAAUCAAAAGAGGAGUAGUCUCUGUUUUGAAGAAAGAUAAGAAGAUCAGUGAGUUGCAUGAUGAAUUAGUCAUCAUGUGGAGACCGACUACGAUUGUGUGUUUUCAAUUCAACGACGCGUUGUAUGACCUCUUUUUGGAUCCUUCGAAACACAUGAGUGAUAUCAUAGAAGUGUUGAAAAAAGCACUUGGCAUUGAAGACCGAGUAAUGUGUUUUGUGAGAAACGAAGAGCGCAUUUUGCGGGUGUUAGAUCAGAAGUGCGAGACUUUAGACAAACUGAAUGAAAAAGAGGUGGUCCUCUUGUUACCGUUUUCUAAAUUUAGCACAUGUGUAGAUGACAGUCUGUUGUGUUCGUCAUAUUUUGAUCGAUAUGAGUUGACGUGUGAAGGAGAACCCCUCACUUUUGUUCAUGUGGAACCUUUUGUGAUCUUUCGAAGGAAAAGUAGAACUAUUGUGGCUCCUAAAGAAAAUAUUCAAGUCAUUUUUGAUUCCACAGAAAAGGCGUUGUUAAUAGUUUUAGAGUCAACAGAAUACACUAAAGAAAACCCAUUGAGGGCUAAAGGCGAUUUACCUAUUUUACAACGAAUAGUCACAGAAUAUCAUACCCCAUGGGGACUUUGUGGAAUUGAUCUUGAUAAACUCCCAGUAAACGCUUUUGGCGUCUCCCCACUCUUCUUUAAAAUUUGUAACUUUUUGUACCUCCACUUCAACUUCAAAAAUGAAAAUUUCUUUACAAACCAAAACUUACGAAAAGCACAAGAAAAUUUAAUACAAAUAGAAUUUGGGGAGGAAAUCGAUUUGAGUCAAAAAACAUCACCUGAAAUAGUGGGAAUGCUCUUCUUGUUCUUGUCAUCACUCACUAGACCACUCUUUGGCUAUUUAGUCGGUGAUUUGGCGUAUAUGAAAAACAUCAUUUUUUCUGAUGAAAACAUUGAAGUGAUCGCAAAAAAGUUAUUGAAAAGUGUUGAAAAGACUCCUUCACAAAAUGUUAUACAACUGUUAUUGCUCUUGUUUAAUGAAUGGUACCAAUACAAUCCAAAUAAGCUGCAAUACUUAAUGCACUUUGGCCCGUUUUUCUGUGACGGGAUCUCCCCCACGGCUCAAGGCUUUUUAUUAAAAUAUUUAAUAAUCAAUUACCAUAAGUUCUUAUUUAAGAAUGAAACGUUUAGUACCAAGCAAAGCAUGACAGACAAACGGACGAAACAACUGAUUUCUAUCGACCAAAUUGUGAGGUCGGUCUUCACUCAUUUCAAUUUUCCAAGUCUUAAAGCAAUUCAUGUCUCUUUGAGAAAGAGCAACGGGACUAACGCAUUUUUGGCACAACGAAAAAGUGACCACUCGAAAGAUUUGCGCCCAAGAACUACUCUGGCCACAGAAUGUACGCGUGCAGUCCACUCGGAAACACCAAGUAAUAACUCCCCAGUCAUUAACAACACACUCGAACCACCACAAAAAUCGUUGAGUCUGAAAUUGACAAUUCCAUCGGCUUAUGGAAGACCAAAAACUCAACUCUCGUCUACCCCAAAACAACGAGGAUGUUCGUUGACUAAUUCUUGGUUUGUCAAAAAACAGGAUUUUUAA